AGACCCGCGGGACGAUGGGUUUUUCGCCUAUAAAUACCCAAACUGGCCGGCACUCCGGUAUCACUUCGUCUUCGGCCUCUCAACUGCGACCGCGACGAGUCGACGAGUCAUAUCGUCUGCAGCCGUAUCCCGAUUGCCGUUGACAAUAUUAUUAUUAUUGUUAUUAUUACAUUGUCCGGACACCGCGAAGACAAUAUGGCCGCCGUUUUCAAGGUAUGCGAUUUUUUUUUUUUCUUUUCUCCAAUCAGUUAAGCGACCCGACCGGCCGUUGUUCAAUGUUGUUCCGAACUCAAUUCCUCGUUUCCCGACAGUUGUUGUUCCUCGAUUCGACGGGACCGCCGCGGCACGCCCCGUCCGUUCCCGCAUUAUUCCCUCUUAUCCCCGCGGCACUUCUCGUCCGUGUCGCACGGAUUUCCCUCCACCUGCAGAGCCGUUUCAUUCGCUUGACCGCGUGCCCGUCGCGGUAUUGCCGAUCUCCGUCGUAUUCCGUCCGCGAGACUUUUGCCCGACGACACGAGACUCCGUUACACUCUGAUAUUUUUUACGGUUUUUGUUUUUCUGUUUUUCUAACGUUGUUUUUAUAAUUGUUUAUCCAGAAUUUCAUCGUCUGUCUGGCCCUGAUCGGCCUCUGUUCGGCCGAGACCGCCAAACGCAGCGCGACCGGUAUCGCCGACUACUCGGGCCUGUCGUCCGCGUACGCCGGUCAUCUGGACGGUUACAGUCACGGCGGUUACGGUUACGGUGCGGGCGCCGGUCACCAAGUACCGGUCAGAGUGACCCAGUCCCAACAGGUGGUGUCCGUGCCGGUACCGCAGCCGUACGCCGUGCCGGUCACCCGCCACGUGCCCGUGUCUGUGCCGCACCCCGUGCCCGUGUCCGUGCCCAGAGCCGUCCCGGUCAGCGUACCGCACCCGGUACCCGUGCCGGUCGAACGUCCGUACCCCGUUGACGUGCCACGCGCCGUGCCCGUCAGCGUGCCGCACCCCGUCCCGUACUCGGUCAGCAAGCCCGUGCCGUACGACGUCCCGCAACCGUACCCAGUCGAAGUCCACCAACCCGUGCCCGUGUCCGUGCCCGCCCCGAUCGUCGCCCAUCAACCAUACGCCGCGGCCGCCGUUCCGUCCUACGGAUCGUACGGUUCGUACGGAGGAUCUUACGGUUCGCUCGGAUUUGACGCCGUUUCGUCCUACGGUUCUUUCGGACACAAUGCCAUCGGAUCCCUGCCGUCUUACGGCGGUGAUUUUCACCACGGCGGAUAUCACCACCACGACUUCAAAAAAUAAUAGUUUUCGCGCAUAGUAUUAUUUUGUAUUGUGUACAAGUAUAAGUUCAUAUUUGUACGCGAUAUAUUUUGUAUACCUGUACAUAUCGGUAACGAUUGUAUUGUAUCCUCGUUUUUUUGUUUUUGUAUCUACCGUAUAGUUUCAACUGUUUUAAGUCGAAUAAAAAAAUUUUUAAAAUA